CAUUUCUCUCCAAACAAAGAUCCUCCCACAUCCUAAAGAGCAAUGAAACUUCUGAUGGUCUGAGGAGCUUUAAGAGCUCGAUUGAUCUGGAAACCAGCAGAGAACAUUUCCCCCAGGCGAGGUGUGAUUCCUGCUCUCAGCCCGUCCACCUCAUCCAGAGACGGCUGAGUGGCGGGAAGCUUUAUCACCGCAGCUGUUUCAGGUGUAAAAUUUGCCACUCUAGUCAUUUGGUUGACUGUUCUGACCACGUCAAAGACGCUCAAACGUCUCCCGCUGCUGAUCAACCCAAACGUGGGGUUCAGUCAGGGUUUUCAGGUUUGUACUCUUUGGAUGGAUCGGCUAUCACCAGCGUGCCUCGCUACACUCAGACAAUGGUGUUACAAAAGAAACCAGCGAGGAAAACGCCACAAGCUGAUGAAGAAAACAGGCAGACAGACAGGAAGGAACAAGAGGACACAGAAAGACGAAGUCAUCCUGUUCCAGCACCCAGACAAAGUCGGGGCUUGUCUUCAGGCUCAGUUCCUGCUUCCAGGAUCAGAACUGCUCAGACCACGAGCAGCUGCCCUGCUGCAGAAACUACUGAACAUCAAAGUAAAUUUCCACCUGGUUGUUCUCAUAUCCCUAAAGUGAAAAGCAACCACCCGUGGAUGAACCUGGUCCAUCCUGGACCCUGGACACAGCUCCCUCUGGCUCCACCUCCAGUACCGCUCUCUAGAGCCAAAUCAGCGUCUAACCCGCAGGGGUCACCAAACAGACCCAAAGUUCCUGCUCCUCCCAAUCCRUUUGAAGAGGAGGAAGUCGAAGAGGGUCACGGGGAGGUUCCUGAACCAGAGUUCUCAGAGAUAGCUGUCCAAUCAGAGAACAGCGGGGUCACAGAUAUGGUUGGUUCAAGUGAGACAGAAGAUCCCAUCACCAGCUCUGAKCUGGAUGGAGGAAGAACAUCAGAUGGGCUCAGAGAGGGAGGACCGGCUCAGAUCGGUGUGAAGGAAACAACCACAGCUCUUUAUGCCACAUCAGCACGGAAACAUCCUUUACCCAGAAGUCUUUCUGGGCCAGCAAUCCCAUCCGAUCAUCAGCAGACUAACAGAGAGUCAGCCUGUAAAGACAGUCCUGCUGCUCAAGAACCUGGACUCUCCAAAGGACGGACUUUACAGAACCUUUCAUCCACUCGUGGUCUGGCUCYAGGUCAUGGUUUCCCCCUUAUCAGGAGGAAGGUGCAGUCAGAACAGUCGGUCUGCCUGGACCAGUUGCAGAAGCAGAGGAGGGAACUGGACGGGCUUUUAGCAGAACUGGAACAACGAGGAGUGGAACUGGAAAAGAACAUCAGGGAYGGUAAAGAUGGAGACCAAAAGCUAAUGGAGUGGAUCUCGCUUUUCCAUGAGCGACACGUCACGCUGCACAAAGACAAAGAACUGGUCUACCUGAUGAAACAACAGAAGCUGGAGGACAGACAGGCAGAUGUGGAGUACGAGCUCCGAUGUCUUCUCAACAAACCUGAGAAAGACUGGAGUCAAGAGGAUCGGGAUCAGGAGCAGCAGCUGAUGGAUGAACUGGUCACCAUCAUUGAACAGAGGAACCAGAUUAUCAGCAGCUUGGAUCAGGAUUUGCGGAGAGAAAAUGAUGACGUGUUCUGCAAAAACUGGAUGAGUAACAAAGAUUUCCAGAAGGAAGGACUCAAGGAGCCGAAGAAGCAAAAAGGGAUAACAAAAUUUUUAAAAAAGCGKAACUAAAAACCGGAGAACAAGGACUGAAAAACUGUCAUAAUACCUAAUGUUUUUAAAUACAAGAGAGGUUUUAUAGUGAAAUAUGCAGACAAACUCAUUUACCUGAAUCUACUUUUGCCCAAAUGUUCUUCCUUUUUUUUUUAAAUUUUUUUUAUAUUAAAAAAACUCCUGGCACAAUUUGUUUGAUCCAGUUUUUAGUAAAUAUGCCUUUGAUGCCAAAAUGGAAGGAACAGAUCCUUACUCUUUUAUUGUUUUAUUUCUUUACUCGUGUUCAUGUGCUGCUUGUUGGCAGAUUUUGGAACAUUUCCUCAUCCAGUAUUAUACAUUAAUAUUUGCCAAUCUGUAUUUCUUCACACGCCUGUGAGAAUAAAUGUAUUUUUCUUUACGUUG